AUGUUUGCGGGUAAACGCUUGAGAGCUCCUCAAGGUACCUACGUCCCCUUCUAUCCCUCAUACCCUAAUUUUGUCUGCCGUUUUGGGAGACGGGCUACGGCCCAGUCAAAGCAGCGUCAUCUAAAGGAGCAUCUGCCACCUGGUAUAUCAAUAGCCAAAUCGGAGAAUCUUGAAGAGUGGCAGAUGGAUAUUCGAGUCUUGGACGAAAAUCCGCUUUAUCAGAAUCAGAUCUAUCGACUAAAAUUCACGUUUUCGUCGAAGUAUCCAAUAGAGCCGCCGGAAGUCCAGUUCAUCGAAUUGCCUAGCACAUCUGAGACCCCUCGCCCGAUCCCGAUCCACCCGCACAUAUACAGCAACGGAAUCAUAUGUCUAGACCUCCUCAGUUCAGCCGGCUGGUCACCUGUACAAACAGUUGAGAGUGUCUGCAUGAGCAUUCAAAGCAUGCUGACCGCAAAUACACGCGACGAACGACCACCGGGCGACAGCGACUUCGUCUCGUACAACCGACGCCGGCCCCGCGACAUCAACUUCUUCUACGAUGAUGACAACGUAUAA